AUGCCGACCAGAGCAUUGGAUUUGAAGCCCAGCAGGACCUACCAGGUGGAAGAGGAGAGCAAGGAUGACAAAUGUGUCAUCAGCAAGCUGCUCAAAGGCAUCCCUCUGGCCACCAGGGACACCGGCCCAGAGCCUGAGCUAGGACCGGGGACUUCACUGCCACGUCCCAAGGAGGUCAUCAAGGGAAACAUCAAGACUGUGACAAAGUGCAAGCUCAAUGAGGAUGACAAGAAGUUCAGGAUGGUCCAUACCUUCAGGAUCAAGACCCAGAAGGCCUCCAAGGCUAUUGCAAGGAGAAAGAACUGGAAGAAGUUUGAGAACUCAGAGUUUGACACACCAGGGCCCAAUGGGGCCACCACCAUGGUUAGCGAUGACGUCUCUAUGACAUUCAUUGCCAGCAAAGACCACCUGAACUUCCAGGAGGAGGAGGACCCAAUGAACAAACUCAAGGACCAGAAGACUGUGUGCUGCUGCAUCUGCAAGUGGGACCACUGGAUCACCCGCCACCCCUCCAGGGACACACUGAGGUAUCAGAAGGAGCUGGCCAAGCAGCUGGACCUGUCCACUGGUGAGAAAGAGAAGGUACCCAGAGAGCUGGAGCCUGUGCAGGCCACUCAGAACAAGACUGGGAAGUACCUGCCACCAUGCCUGAGGAGUGGUGCUACCCACCGUGGGGAGACCAUGCAACCUAACCACAGAGCCGGCGACAAUGCAACCAUCCACAUCACCUACUUGCCCGAGGACACGCGUGAGACUGACCUGCAGGAGCUCUUCUGGCCUUUUGGCUCCAUCUACCUGGCCAAGGACAAGACCACUGGCCAGUCUAAGGGCUUUGCUUCCCUUAGCUUCCACUGCCAUGAGGACGCCACCUGCGCCAUUGUCAGAGUGUCAGGCUUUGCCUACAACCACCUCAUCCUCAACGUCCAGUGGGCCAAGCCAUCCACCAACUAA